GACUCAACAAGUUGCCAGAGAUUAUUUUAUCUAACAGCUGUGUCUGCAGGUUUCUGCUUUGGUGGAAGAUGGCAAUGAUGGUCGUUUUGGCAGCAGUGGUUCUCACUUAUGGAGUCUCUCCAGGAAUUGCAAUGGAGGCCGGUGCUGUAGCUGGGGGAACCCAUGUGCUUCCACUGGACAUGGCUGAAAACUCUGUUGACGACAUGUACAAUGGGUGCAAAGAAAAAAUGAAGAAGAAGGUAAAUAAAGAAUACCUGCAGAAGGAGAAGACCGACAUCCUAAACUUCAGAGAGAUCUGGGACAUCUCAAAGAACAAUGUACACAUACCAUUUUGGAAAUGGUUUACCGAAGUACUGAAAAAAAACCAGAUUGUAGCUAUUCGUACUUACACUUACAAAAGCAAUGUGUAUCGUGAAUUCAACAAAGCAGUUCAAACCCAGGGACCUGAGUACGACACCAAAUUUGGGUAUCACGCACUUCACUUUCUCCUGACUACUGCCAUUCAAGCCAAACAAGGAAAAAAAUGUCUCACUGUCUACCGUAGAGUCAACAUGUACUUUAGCCAAGAUGUUCAAAACAAAGAGAUUCGCUUUGGCCGUUUCACCUCAACCUCACUGGGUCGUUACGCCACUGAAGCGUUUGGAGACAAAUCAUGCUUUAAGAUUCUCACGUGCAUGGGAGCAGAUAUCUCCCCCUAUUCUACAUUUCCGAACGAAGCAGAAGUGCUGAUUCCUCCCUAUGAGGUCUUUAAAGUUGUAAAGAUAGAGAAGCCAACUUCGAAGCGUCCAUGUGAGGUGGUCUAUACAGUGAAGCAUACACGCGCUUAUUCCAAGUUGAAUUGUGCUCUUUUUCCAAAGUAAACACUUUCACAUGUUAAACAUACAGUUAACAAAAUAUGUAAAAUUUAGGAUGCACCAUUUUAAGUACUGCAAAUGAUCUGUAAUCAAGAUUAAUGUGAAUGUGGAUUUAUUUGUUAACAAUGACAUUUGACAAUCUCAAAUUGAAGUGUAGAUUUUCUACUGUGCAACAAGUGUUUAAGAGAAAUAAACACUAGCUGCAUAAAAAUGAACCCUUACAGUUGUGUCAUUGUUAAACUGGAUCUGUAUGAAAAUGUUUAAAUGAAUAACAAGAAUGAAAAUGUUGUAAUACAUUG